AUGUCUCCAGCCGCAGCUUGCUGCACAUGCGCCACCCUGCUUUCAGAUACCAAGAUUCCAUAUUCUCUCGAUUCAGAAAAGCCUUUGACCUUUGAUAGAAGUCUCGAAUGCUGUGGCCGGACGAUUUGUGCGUCUUGUCAGUACGACAAUCCUCGCUUCCAGACUUAUUGUCCUUUUUGCCAAAUAUCCUGUGGUCCUAAUCCACUCCCUUCAAAUGGCUUGCGGUUGCCACCGUCAUAUUCAACGUCUUCAAACAGCAACGCACAUCAACCAGUGGAUCUACCUCCUCCGUACACAUCGAUCAGAGCAACAACAGCCGCUGGAAGCCAGCCACCUGAGACAGAUGAUGUUAUUCACUACCUGACUGCGGAUGACUCUAUUCUCUCCCUCUCUCUGGCGUAUCAAGUACCUGCAGCCGUCCUUCGGACACAUAAUGGUGUAUAUAACGACAACCUGAUGGCGGCACGGAAGUGGGUUUUAAUACCGCGCUCUUAUUAUCAAGGUCCGCCUCUGUCAUCGCCUCCGGAUCCAGAGGAGGAAGAGCGAAAGAACAAAGUUCGGAGGUGGAUGGUUGCCACGAAAUGUCCAGACUACGAUGUUGCCAAACUAUACCUGAAGGGUAGCGAGUACGAUUUGGAAGUAGCGGUGGAAGCUUUCAAAGCUGAUGAGCAAUGGGAAAAGGAGCAUCCUAUGAAGGGAAAGCAAAGAGCUCGUCCAGGGCGACUGCGGCAGAAAAUGCAAGUCGACGGAAACGGUGGAGAUCCUAACAAGCAGGUUUAUUGCAAGAAGUCAUCAGCCAAGGCAUCCUACAGAACAGGGACUCCCUAA